GAAACUCCUUUUCAAAAGUUGCUAAGAAAAUUUAAAGAAAAUCCUUUUGUACCACUAGGUAUGUUAGCAACUACGGUCGCUUUAAGUUAUGGUUUGGUCAACUUCCGAAGAGGGGAUCAGAAAAUGUCGCAAAUGAUGAUGAGAGCUAGAGUUGGGGCCCAAGGCGCCACUAUUUUAGCCGUAAUCGGAGGACUUUUAGUCUCA